UCGGCUGUAUUUGUAUUGUCUCUACUUCGAAAACACCGUAUGGCACAGAUUGACUACACCAGUGAGCGAGAUGUAGUGAGAGACAGAAUCACACUCUCUUGCAGACAAACAAUGCAAGCCCAAGACAGUACGGCUGGUUUGAAUUGACCGUAUUGCGAGCAGACACCGUACAGUGAUGUAAUGCAGACGUUCGCAUGACUGGUCCGCCCAAUCCACUACGGCAGCGAAAGUCGCGGCGCAGCCACAACAGUCAGCGAAAGAUGGUCGAUCCACUCGACGAACCCACGCAGGGCAGGAACCGUACACGAUCACAGCCGACGCCGAAGCGGCACAUACGCAGCCGACCAGAGCUUCGUCUCCUCCUCCGCAACUCGCUCGACUUCCCCGGUAACGGCACCUCCGCGAACUCGCUGUCCUCAGAAUUACGGUUUUUCCAAACACGGCCGACCCCCGCAUCUCCUCGCCCUUGCCAUCGGCAUUCGGCCUGCUCGAACGCGGUAUCGUGUUGACCGCGACCGGAGGGAACAACGACCGCUUUCGUCUGCGUAUAUGUUUUCCUUCCAUGCGGCGAUCGGCAACACUCUCAGGUCUCUCAGCCGUUCUCGACAUGCACCGGUUACACUGGCCAGAGCUCUCGCCAUUCUCCUCGCCAUCCUCCACGUCGUCAAGCAGGGACGAAGACUUGAUGCUGCGGUGGCCAGAGUAUGAGAGCGAGGGGAUCGUGUUCACUGAUGACGCCAUCUUGUCUGACCAGUCGUCCACAUCUUGUGUGAUCCUGACGAUGCUCCGUGGGUGCAGCAGGGUCUGGGUCCCCACUACAUAGAGCCGCGAUGCACUGUUGGAUGGUUCGCGAAAGGGUAUGGGUGGUAUACCGAAGUCGGCUUAGAAACUGCUAUCUCCUCGUUGACUUGGUGCCGAUAGCGAUCAGAAUCGAGGGGGUGUCCGGGUGCUCUCGUCGAGUAGUAUGGAGGGCGUGGGCCGAGGGGCAGAGGAGGCGGAAUGUGAUGACAUCUUUGUCAUGGUAGUGGAUUCAAGCGGGGGAUUCAUCCCAAAGAGGACGGUGCCGUGGCGGAUACUGCAGAUGCGCGCAGAUUUGUGGCUCUUCUUCGACUUCAUGUCGCCUGACUACGACGAAGGGCACCUUGGUUAAAUAGUUAUGGUAGAUGUCGCCGCCUCUGCCAGCUCAGUGUCCGCCCGCACCACACAUAGCCCUCCGUCUCGCCGUCCAGCAUCCAUGUGGCCGGCACCAAGCGCUCUGCCUCGUCUUGCAUCUUGUGGGCCCCUUGUCUGACGAGUAUAGCAGGUCCCGUAGGGCGUGUCGAUAGCGAGGCGCCAAGGUGGACAAGGUCAGCGCCGAGCUCAGGCGCACGACAUCGAACGACAUCAGCAGCGACGCCCUGGUGCCGCGGAUCGCCUUCGCACAUUCCUCGUGCUCCCCUCGACUGCCAGCAUAAACGCAAAGGACCUGGAAGAGAUAGGAGCCUCGAGGCGUAGGCGUUCGUUCGGCCCGUUCGACGUUCUAGGUGUGCCGAGCAAAACUUCGGAUCUGGCCAGCAUCAUGUGGCUCUUGCACGCCUUCUCUGGCGACUUCUUGGCGAUAUCGAAACUUGAAAUGCGUCUUGAAGGCCGGGAGACAUUCACCUGAAGCCUGUGGAAUCCCGGAGCAGUUUACUGCCGCUUGUACAGGCAGAACCAGCCAUCCCCUUGCUCUGCGCGUCGGCUUCCUGUCUGGGCUUCCGGGUGAUGAGUAACUCGCUGAUAGGCUGCUCUUAUUGCUGCAGCUGCCGAUUGUCG